AUGCCGCCCUUGCACUGCUCCUGCGCAGAGCCAGGCCCGGGUUUCCCAUUUGACAAGGAGAUAUGGAAUCGAACUGUCAAGGACUACUACUUACGAGCCCCCCAAAAAGAGCCCCAAGAACAACAAGAGGCCGCCACAGGAGACGAGUCAAGGGCCGAUGAAAAUGCGGAUCAAAACCAUCCUAUUCCUAGUUUCAUUGACCUCGUCACAAACCGCCGCCCUAUCGAGCCUCGCUGGCUUCAUCGCUUGCGCCACGGCAGAGAUUCUCUGGAAUAUGCUCUUUGUGUCAACCUGGCAGACGUUCAGCGAAUGCAACUGCGUCUGCUACAGGGGCGCCUCACAUGGCUUGCACUGUCAGCCGGAUUCGACAAGGACUACGGUGAUAGCGCGGGUGUAAUCACUCAACUGGGGCCGACGCUCCGAGAUUAUGGUUGUGGCCGUCGGUACUCUUGA